GUGUCUGUGUCGGCCAGGAACUCUGAGUGUUAAAGGAUGCUGGAAGUUAGGGAAUAAACAUUAGUUAUUUCAGAGAAAGGAACAUGGAAGAAGAAAAGAAGAAAACCAAGUCUAAUAAAGAUAUAGAAGACGGCGAAUCAGAGAAGUGGACACAAGAGAGUCUACAGCGUCUCCUAGCUGACGCAAUCACGCACCAACUUCCGCUGGAUGAUAUCAAAUUGAUCUUGGAUGGUGGAGCAGAUAUUAACGGAAUGGUCACAAAAGGUCUGAGACCCCUUCACUACGCCACAUUCGUCAAUUCAAGUGAAUGUGUUCAAUUUUUGAUUAACAAUGGGGCAUCGGUUAAUCUAACUGAUGACGUUGGUUACACACCCUUACAUAUAUGUUCCAGAAAGGGCUAUACCGAUGUCAUGAAGAUUUUAAUAGAAAAUGGAGCCACUAUCAACUUCUGCUCGGCUGAGGAUGGAGAAGUUCGAGAAUCUAGUCGUUCCUUGGGCUAUCUAACAUUGGAACCUCUGAAUAUUGCCAUAGAUCAGAAUCACACAGACUGUGUUCAACUUCUACUACAGAAUGGGGCCCGCCCCGAUAACAAGUAUUUUAUGGGGUAUGAGAUAAAUUUAGUACCUUUAGAUCAUCUGCAAUGCUUGAAAUUGAUUAUAGAUUAUGGUGCGGAUCCAAAUACUUGCAAUAGGUGUGGAAUAACUCCUCUGAUGAGGGCAUGCAGAGAAAAUAACGCACGUGCUGUAAACUUUCUCCUAGAACACGGAGCGGAAGUUGACGUCGAGUGCCCACCUCGAUUUGAACAGAGGAGGGCUAUACAUUUUGCAAUUCAGGUUGGAAACUUGGAAAUUACGGAGAUCUUGCUACAAAAUGGCGCGUCCAGGGAUCGAUCUGAGAAUUACAGAUACAGUCCUUUACAUGAGGCAAUAAUAAGAGAUCAAGUAGACUUGUGCAAAUUGUUGAUAAACUACGGAAGUAACGUUAAUGAAAGAACAGAAAGUGACGCCACACCGGUAAUGUUAGUUUGUGGUACAGAGGGGCUUCACAACAGAAGACAACUUCUUGAUAUCCUUCUCAGUAGCGGAGGUGAUGUUAAUGCAUUCUCAGACCGUGUCAGUUAUUCUCACCCGUGCUUAUCGCCUCUCACGGAAUACCUUAGGCUUAACGAUGAAGUGGCAGAAUUUGAAAUAGUUUCACUCCUUGUCCAGUAUGGAGCUAGGAUCAGUUUUCGUGGAACUCGUGGUGUAAAACACGCGAGAGAUCCAUAUGGAAUAUUGUCUUUAAUGCACAAGUUUUCCUCAAAAGACGACAUGUUUAGUCUUCUGGUGGAAGCUGCAUUUUUCUUUGAUGUGGACAGUAUAAAAGAGACCGAUUCGAUAGCACCUGACGUUAAGCAAUACCUAACAAUGUUUGGAAAUCAACCAAGACAGCUUAAACAAAUUAUACGACUAUCUCUUCAGAAGUUGUUAUCUCCUCGAUUUCCUAGCAAAGUUCGGAAAUUGCCUGUACCGCCUUUCUUGAAAUCAUAUCUUUUGUUUCAUAUUUAAUAAUGCAAACAAAAAAAAAAAAAAGAUUCCUUACUGGUUUGAUCCUCUCAUCAGAUAGAAACGCUAUUUACCAUAAAAAAUAAAUUAUUGUAACUAU